UUGAUCUUCGGCCAUUCUCGUCGUUUAAUUUGAGCCCCCCACAACUAUGUUUUCUCUCUGUGCCGCCAUGGAAGCUCCAGAAACUCAGUCACUGACAGUAGCAAGUUCUCUUAUUGCCGGUAUAGUUAUCAUUGCGAUAGUGAUAGUGAUCAGAAGAGUGGUGAAUUGGUUGUGGCUGAGGCCGAAACGACUCGAGAGAUUUCUCAGAAGGCAGAAUCUGAAGGGAAACUCAUACAGACUUGGGUUCGGAGACUUGAAGGAGAUGGAUCAGAUGAUUCAAGAAGCCAGCUCUAAGCCCAUCAACCUACAUGAUGAUAUCAUUCCUCGUACUAUUCCUUUUCAUCACCAAAUGAUUCAAAAAUAUGGCAAGAAUUGCUUUAUGUGGUUUGGUCCAAAUCCAAUGGUAACAAUUACAAACCCAGAAGACAUAAAGGAAGUGUUUACAAACAUUUCUGUAUUUGAAAAGAUUUCUGACAAUCCACUUAGUGAACUUUUAGUCAGUGGGCUUGUAGGCUACAAUGGCGAAAAAUGGACCAAACACAGAAGAAUUAUCAACCCCGCCUUUUAUUUGGAGAAGUUAAAGCUAAUGGUGCCUGCAUUCUAUGAGAGUUGUAAUGAGAUGGUCAAGAAAUGGGUGAGAUUAGUGAAUGAAAAUGGAAGAGGAUGUUGCGAGAUAGAUAUCUGGCCUUUCUUUCAGACUAUGACCAGUGAUGUUAUUUCUCGAACUGCAUUUGGAAGCAGUUAUGAAGAAGGACAACGAAUAUUUCAACUCCAAUCUGAACAAAUUAUUCUUACUGCCGAGAUCUUUCGUUCUAUUUACAUCCCAGGCUGGAGAUUUGUACCAACUAAGUUGAAUAGGAGAUUAAAAGAAAUUGAGAAAGAAAUACAAACGUCUGUGAGGGCAAUCAUUCACAAAAGGGAGAAAGCAAGGGAGGCAGGACAGGCCCCAAGUGAUGAUCUGUUAGAUCUACUCUUGGAAUCCAAUCGCAAAGAAAUCAGAGAGAAAGGAAACAACCAGAACAUGGGAAUGAAUAUUGAUGAUGUCAUUAGGGAAUGUAAAUUGUUCUAUCUGGCAGGACAAGAGACAACCUCUGUUCUCCUUAAUUGGACGAUCGUGCUUCUAUGCGAAUAUCCAAAUUGGCAAUCUCAAGCAAGAGAAGAAGUCUUUCAAGUAGUCGGCACUCAAAUCCCUGGCUUUGAUGACUUAAAUCGCCUCCAACUAGUAAGCAUGAUAUUAUAUGAGGUUCUUAGAUUAUACCCUCCAGCUCUUACGUUGGACAGGGUCAUAUCAAAGGAUACAAGACUUGGAAAUUUGAAUUUACCAGCUGGAACUCGAGUUGAGAUUCCAGUCAUCUGGGUACAACAAGAUUCUGAAUUGUGGGGAGAAGAUGCAAAGGAGUUCAACCCACGGAGAUUUUCUGAAGGAAUCUCUAAAGCAACCAAGAGCCAAGGUUCAUAUAUUCCAUUUGCUUGGGGUCCAAGGAUAUGCCCGGGUCAAAAUUUUGCUUUACUUGAAGCUAAAAUGGCUUUGUCCCUAAUUCUCCAAAACUUCUCUUUUGAGCUUUCUCCAUCUUAUGCUCAUGCUCCUAUCUCAGUUUUGAGCCUUCGCCCUCAGCAUGGCAGCCAUAUCAUUUUACGGAAGUUCUGAGAUUAUUAAUUAAAGGUUCAUCAUACUGCGUUCUUAGAAGGACUUUUUAUGCAUAUCUGUGUGUGUGUAGAUAUAUAUAGAUAUUCAAGUGAUGAGAGUGUGUGUGUAUAUGCUCUCUAUAGUCGUUGUAAUAUUCAGAUUAUACGAUGUCAUACGCUUCUAGAUGGCUCUGUUAAUAAGUUUUCAUAUUGUUGUGCACUAAAACAUCCCAUGUUUCUGAUGCAAAUUUACUGAAAAAAGGGAAAUUGAAGUUCCUUUGAUUGCUUCGGCUUGGAA